UGAUAAUAUUAUAUAUGCAAGAUUUUUAUAUUACAAUGCUGUUAAAAAUAUGCUUGUGCAUUGUAAUCUACUUUAAAAUACACAUACUUUAUUCUUGAACUGUAUUGAUAAAAUCGCUAAAGAAAAAUGUUUCUGUUAUGCGUAACCAUAGUAAUAAAGACUAUAUCUUUACCAAACAUAGGUUAUUAUUACUCAUUCUACCGACUCAAGAUAUAGACUGUACAUUUCGCUGACAUUUGUGUUAAUAAUUUGAAUAAAAUGAGUAUAUUGAAAUCACCAAUCGAUUAUAAAAUAUUACAAGACGAGUUGUAUAAAGAGCUUAAAGCGAAUGAGUUAUAUAAAUUGCAAAAUGAUGCAAAAAUCAGAGCAGUGGAACAGGGAGUACCUACUUAUGAACACUUUAGACAAAUGGUAAAUGCAGCUCAUUUAAAACCACUAGAACCAAAAGAUAUUAAAUCUAAAUCUGCAGUAUUAUGGAAUUCCAUAUGCACAAAUCAUAAAUCAGAAUUUUUAACUUCGACAUAUGAAAAUGGAACGAAACUAAUUAAAGAAAAACUUGAUGAAUUUGCUAAUACAAUUCCAAAAAAUUAUAAAACAUUUAUUCAAAUGUGGAGAAAUACUAAUGAUAGUAAAAUAAAGUUCUUUUACCUUUAUAAUACCAGGGACAUUUUAAAAAGUACAAUAUUCAACAGCGAGAUUCCCCCAUUCUUCCUCUGCGAUAUUAUUAACGUAUGUCUUGAGUACGAAAAACAAAAUUCCUUGAAUACAGAAGAAAUUAAAGCAAUUAUCGAAAUUCUAACUACUCUAAGUACGUGUAACAGAUUUAAUCUUGCUAUAAAUUUCAUGGCAGAUCAUGAAAAAGAAAAUUGUUCUCGAUUACUUAAAUACUUGGAAGAUAAGGUAAAGUCUGAAGAUAUAACGGUAGAAAAAAACGCUAUUACAUCACUAAUACAAAAAUAUCAAAUUAUCUAAUCAAGUGAUAAAUAUCAUUGUAAAAAUUCUUUUCUUUAGAAUUAUUAAUAACU